GCCUUUAAAUACCCAUCACUCCUCUCCCCCUCACACACCUCUCCUCAACUGAACAACUCAAAGGGAAGAGGAAGCGGUCAGUGGUCGCCUCGCCGCCACGCACCCACCCUCCUCCCCCGGCGCCUCGCCGCCACUCCGCCAUGCUUCCCAGGCCGAGCCAGAGAAGCAUCUUCCACCUCGGGGAGGAGGGUGGCUACGACAACCACCACGAGCAUGCCAAGAGCGUCGAUGCUGCUGCUCCUCGCCUCGACAGAGAGCGCCGAGACCACGGGCGGCAGCGGCGGAAGCGAGACGCCGCCGCCGCCGCCGACGCGGCCGGCGGCGUCGGGCUGCAAAUCCUGGUCCGUCAGCAUCAGAACCACCACCACACGCCGGCGCCGCCGCCGCCGCACCACUCGCACAUCGUCCUGAAGCAGCAGGUGGUCCUGCUGCCGCCGGCGGCGGCACGCCACCGCCGCGGGCCGUGCGGCAGCUUCUUGACGGCCUGCUCCCGCUGCCGGAGGGAGCUCAGCGCCAACAAGGACGUGUACAUGUACAGAGGCGACCAGGGAUUCUGCAGCGAGGAGUGCCGGUGGCGGCAGAUGUUGUUAGACGAGGCGAGGGAGCACGAGGCCAUGGUCAAGAAGGAGCGCCUGCGGCGAGGCGGCUUGCACCAGCCUCACCAUCUCCACCACGGGCCACGGCCGCCGGCGGCGAUCCGCGGCGCGCCGAGGAGACUAGUCGCGGUAGCCUACUAGCUAGGUAGGCUAGGCUAGCAUCCGGGGCCGAUGCAUGAGAGAUGGCAACUACUCUUUGUAUACUGGAUUACCGGUGGUGCCAUGAUAUCCUUGCUUUCGGAGGAGAGAUAUGAAAAAAAAGAGUAAAUUGAGGCGAAAAAAUUAAACUUUUAUGGAGAAAAACAGGGGAGAACCGGUGGAUCUAUACUGAUGAUGAAGUCGAAAACACUGCCAUGUCUAUCUGUUUGUGUAAAGUGUAAACUAAAGGAGUUUAGGGAAAGAUAUGCAAAGAAUUCCAUGAACACAAAGUCAAAGUGACUGUUUUUCAGUGCCA